UGGGCGGGAAAAGGCGGCCGGUGGCCGGCGGUCAGGGAGAGCGGCUGUGGCUACAGCUUCGCCGAGGUCGCGGAGCAGCCUCUUCCCUGGCAUGGGGCUGCUGGAGCUGUGCGAGCAGGAGUUCGGCACCGCCGACCUCUACCAGGUGCUGGGCGUGCGGCGCGAGGCUUCGGACGGCGAGGUCCGACGCGGCUACCACAAGGUGUCCCUGCAAGUGCACCCCGACCGAGUAGAGGAGGACCAGAAAGAGAACGCCACCCGCCGCUUCCAGAUCCUGGGAAGAGUCUACGCGGUUCUGAGUGACAAGGAACAGAAAGCUGUGUACGAUGAACAGGGGACAGUGGACGAAGACUCUGCUGGCCUCAACCAAGACCGGGACUGGGAUGCAUAUUGGAGAUUACUCUUUAAAAAGAUAUCGCUAGAGGAUAUCCAAGCUUUUGAAAAGACAUACAAAGGCUCUGAAGAAGAGCUAAACGAUAUUAAGCAGGCCUAUCUGGACUUCAAGGGCGACAUGGAUCAGAUCAUGGAGUCUGUGCUUUGUGUACAAUACACAGAUGAACCCAGGAUAAGAAACAUCAUUCAAAAAGCUAUUGAAUCCAAAGAGAUUCCAUCCUACAAUGCCUUCGUCAAAGAGUCUAAACAAAAGAUGAAUGCAAGGAAAAGAAGGGCUCAGGAAGAGGCUAAGGAAGCAGAGCUGAGCAGAAAGGAGCUGGGGCUGGAAGAUGGAGCGGAGAACUUGAAAGCACUCAUCCAGAGCAGACAAAAGGAUCGGCAAAAGGAAAUGGACAGUUUUCUGGCUCAAAUGGAAGCAAAAUACUGCAAACCUUCCAAAGGAGGGAAAAGAACAGCACUCAAGAAGGAAAAGAAAUAACGGAGUUUUUCUCUUCAUGGGUCCUUAUGUGUCAGUGGUACAGUGUAGACAAGGUGAUGACAGCCAUUAAUGUAACCUUUGAGAGAAGUUGUCUGUCCUGCCUAAGCCAACCAGGGUUCAUCGACCUUAUCUUAGUAGUUUCUAGAAUUCACCUAACACUGUGUGAGGGCUUCAUGUGAAGGAUGUGCAGUGGUGAUGGUUGGGA